CUCCCCCCCCCGACGCUCUAAAUCCGCCAGCGUCGCCCCAAAUUCGAUCGUCAUCGUCCUGACCCGCCGUUGGGCUCCGGCCAAAGACUCUCCCCAGGCCUGGCCCGUCAUUCAAACCCAACCUCGUCGAACCGGGCUGUCACGACCCAAGACGCCGCCAUUGGGAUCGCCCUCCUCCAAAGCAUACUGCUCUUCCCUCCCCACCCGCACUCACAUUCCACCCGCUCCGAGCCCCGUCAGCUGUGAGUUGGCCUGCUUCUUUUUCCCUUCUCAAGCCUUCCGAGCCCUUACUUUCUUCCAUUCACCUUCCCUCAGCAGCCUUGGUCGUGGGCACUUCGCCGUGCUCCCAGUCGUCCAACCGCUGGCGUGAUUUCGACCUCAAAAGACACCAGUCGUUCGAUCUGUCUGGAAUUCUUGCCAAUUGCCACGCCUUCCAAUGUCGGCCCCAUCGACAGACCGGACGACGUGCUGCCCCUCUUCCCUUCCUUUGCCCUCUUUCGACGUCCAUCAGCCCCUCGCCCUCCUCGCCCGCCGCCACCGCCUGCCGCCACUGCGUGUACUGACCGGCUAUGGCUGCCUCUAGUAUAUCGGCCUCUCGACCUUCCUCCACCGCGCCGCCGCACUUGCCUGCCCUCUAUCCGACAACCUCGCUGCCAAAUCCAGUGCCCACCACCCCGUUCAAACCACUUCUCCAGAAAGGCUUCUCGACCCUCACGUGCAGAGCGUGCGAGGCCUUCAAGAUGGGCUCCCGCUACUACAACUCGAAGCGGUCCGCCUCGCCGGGCGCCCAGAGAAUCGUCGUGCCCGGCAGGUCGUCCGACACGGGCUUCAUCUCUUCCUCGUACGGCGGCACCUCGUACGCGGGGCACAUGCACGGCUUGAGGGACGACUACCGCCACCCCUCCCUCUCCUCCGUCGCCCCGCCCCGCAAGACGACGGGCGUCAUACCAAUAUCGACCGAGAUCGUGUACAAGGAUUCGUAUCCGCUGUCCGCCUCGAGCGCGGGUGCGCCGAGAGAGGCGUACACCGGCAGACCUCGCCGGUCGUCCGACCUCCCCCCUCCACAUCCUUCUCUGAGGUCCCGCCCUGCCGCCGUCGUGCAGGAGGUGACGCCCCGCCCGCUGAGCCCGCUCUCCCGCAGCUACGAGCCGAGGGAUUCGUACGUCAAGUCGAACACAAGCGUGCGGCGCUCUGAGCCGAAGGCGAAGAAGCUGUACAACGUCGGCGACGACGGCUCCGCCAAGCUGAUCGCCGAGACCGAGGAAUACAGGGACUCGUCGCGGCGCGAACGGGCAGGCUACCACCUCACAGGCCGCUCACACCGCCCUCGCGAAGUGGACGAGUCGGCCUGGUCGUACACGGACGCCGUCGGCAUGUACAACGAGACGGAGCCGAUCCGGCGGCCUCGAAGAGGAAGCGUCGACGGACGACGUCCGACGAGCGUCUUGGAGCUGCCCUCGUACGCGCCAAGCUACCACCGCAACUCGAGAGACUACGGCCCCCCGCCGAGCACGCGCCAGUUCGACAGAGUCAACAAUGUGACGCGCAACUCGAGCGUGCGUGAGCCCGUGCGGGGCUCCUCACGCGAUCGCAAAGGCUCGUAUGACACGUACGGUCACCGCGAACCGUACGAGAUGCCACUCCGACCUUCGUCCACCAUGCCCGUGGUCGUCAAUCAGCCUGAACCUCGCCACGCGCGCGACGAGACGUACUACCCAGACGACUACGACGACUACAGAGAGCCGCGUCGGCCCCACCGACAGUUCACGGACGAAAACGUUCAGUCUCGCGGCUUUGGCAUCCGCAUGCCGAGCGUGGACCGCCACGCUGGAGGCUCCAGCUCGUCCAGCGCCGAGCCGCCCAUCCCAAGAUCGGUCUACCCACAGGCGUCCGCCCUGUACUCGGAGCAGCCGCUCGUCAAGAUCCCCAGCUCGUCCGAGUACGUAGCCCCGGCGCAGCAGGUCGACGACCGAUGGGACAAGCACGAGCGCCGUGAACGCGAAUACGACCGAGACCGGCUAAAGGACUGGGAGAGACCGAGGGAGCGAGAAUACGAGCGUGACGACCGCUCAGAGAGACACCACCACAGACGCAGCACUGCGGACGGCGUCCGCGAUCCCUCCAUUCCCAAUGCUGCUGCCGCCGCCACCGCUGCCGCAGGCCUAGCUGGUGCGGCGGCUGUGGGCGCAAAUUAUGAAAAGAAGCGAGUCGAGAAGAGAUACGAGUCGGAGGACGAGCGGACGCCUUGGCCAAGACGCGAGCUGAAUGAUCGUGAAGACGAGCGGGAACGACGCUACGCCGAGCGCGACAGGGAUGAGCGUGACAGGAGGGACAGAGACGAGAAGCGAGACAGAGAGGACCGUCGAGACCGGGAGGAGAAACGGCGCGAGGAGAAGCCAGUACUCGACCCUGACGAGGACUACCGACGCCGUGUCCAGCAGGCCCAGGCCGAGCUGGGCGCUUUGCCAAAGUCGCGGUCAAAGGAGGACGAACGAAACGACUCGGAGCGUGACAGGCAGCGGCGGCGCGAGCGCGAAGAACGCGAGCGUGAAAGGCGACAGUCCAGAGAUAGAGACUCGCGGCGCGGUAGUGACGACAACGCCGUUCCCAAGCGGUCUCGCGCCCCCUCCGUCGACUCACAUUCUCUUUCCCAGCACAACCGACCUUCGACCACCGACAGGGGCUUCGUACAGGAGCCCGAAUCGAUGAUGCCUGGCACCUACCCGCGCGAAGCACAAGCUACCGCAGGAGCAAUGCCACCACCACCACCACCGUCAACCCAGCAACCUCCAACGAACAUCGUGCCGCCAACAGCCAACGCCACGCUUCCGGUGCCGGACGUAGCGCCACGAUCCAAGUCCGUGGAUCCCAGCUCAGGCACGAGCUCGGGCGAGCGACGUGUCACGAUCGUCGAGCCGCCAAAGGAUGACGGCAAGGCCGCAGAUCCCCCGCUCAAGGGCAUCCUGCGCAAACCGACAGAAAAGUUCCCUGAGCACCCUACCACGCACCGCGAGGGUGUCACUCCCCUCAAGGAGCGUCUGAAGAAGGAAAAUGGCGGCAAGGAGAUUCCCGAGGGCGCCAAGUGGACCAAGAUCGACAGACGACUGGUCAAUCCGCAAGCCCUGGAAGAGAAGGGGGAGAGAUUUGAAGAGAGGCAGGACUGCGUCAUCGUCCUCAGGGUCUUGACCAAAGAUGAGAUCCAGGUGUUUGCCAACAGGACGGCAGAAAUCAGAGAGGAGCGGGAACAGCGAUAUCACCGCGAGAGAAAACGACAUAGUUCGCACGGACAUCGAUCUUCACAUCACGAGCGCGACACGUCCGACGAUUCGGACAACCGCGAGUACCGUCACUCGUCAAGGCGAUCGCAUCGCGACGACGAGAAGGAGUCGCAUCGCCACGGCAGGGACGACGGGGGGAGCGACAGGGACCGAGAACAGCCUCGGAGCAGUCGAAAGGACUCCGACAAGGACAAGUACGAGAGCGAAAACGAAGCCGUCAUGAGAGCCAUUGAAGAGGGUAGGCGGAAGGACAGAGGAAGCAGAGAUCUGAGGGAGGAGUACAUGAGCGGGGCUCUGAAUGGUAGAUGAAGAGGCAAGACCAACAAACAACCCCCCCUCCCCCCUCUGACGACGAUGGGCUCUGUGUAGAUAGAUGUAUACGCAUAUAAACAAAGACGUCUGAACGUGCUUCAUGA